AGCUGGUGCCGCGCAGUCGAUCCGUGAAAGCUGCCACGAUCCAAAGCGAAGCGAGUCGACCUUUGACUUCGUUUUCCAUGAAUUCCCGUGAACUCGCCGGUGAUCAAGAGCUCGUGACAGCUCGCCGCAGGUUGUAACGCGGAUGACCUUCUUCAUUCCACGCAUCUGGAACAUCGCCAGCCCCGUCGGUGUGAGGAUCUAAUGAAGGAUCAAGUCAUGGGCCGCACAGGAUACACGUGCAUCAGGCACGUAUUUUGUUCCCUCAACGUUUUGAUCUGGUUAUGCGCUUGCGGAAUUUUGGGUGCGGGCCUUUGGCUGCGACUGGCUUAUUCCGGAUACGCGACCUUGGUGCCGCAGUACAGCUUCGCAUCGGCGGACUCGUUGCUGCUCGCCGCGGGAUGCGUCACAUUCGUCAUCGCCUUCUUCGGAUGUUGCGGCGCGUGGUUCCAGUCGAGAUGCAUGCUGAUCACGUAUUUCAGCCUGGUGAUACUCAUGUUCCUCGCCGAGUUCAUGCUGGGCACCCUGGCGUUCGUGUUCAGGGAACACCUCGCGCGAAGUCUGAAGGAGGAAUUGUUGUACGGCAUCGAGAAGCAUUACAACGUCACCAGGGAGCCGGGAACACUGCCCGCUGUGUGGGACCACAUACACACGGAGUUUCGCUGCUGCGGCGUGCGCGAUUACACGGACUGGUUCCAAAUCGAGGCGUGGCCCGAAGAGGACCGAGUGCCGGACUCUUGCUGCAUGCAACGGGAACGUUACUGCGGCCGACUGGACCCGGAGGGUCGUAACAAGGAGCUCUGGUACAAGGAGGGCUGCGCUACCGCCAUCCAGAUGUGGCUCGUCACCAGACUCCACGUGGUGGGCACGGUGGGCCUCGUGGUCGCGUUUCUUCAGUUGUUCGGCCAAGUUGCCAGCAUGAUACUCUUCUGCACGGUCAGGCACAAGAGGUCCUCGCACACGUACAAGAGCUACGACACUACCAAUACCUAGAAUCUCGAUCCGGUCUUGGACGAGACUACCGUCUGAGAUCGGUCAAAAUACCCUUCGACUCCCGCCGCGCGACGCGCGGGAACGACACGACGAAAUCUUUUCGGGAUUGUCCUCGCGAUUGGGUGCUCCCUCCCCGUAGGAAAAGAGAACUUUCGUCGCGGAUCCUUUUAAUUGCGCGCCGAAUUCGCACGUAUUAGAAAUACGGAGCGACGUGAUGAGAAGACGAAAAUUCGUUAUGGAAUCGUUCAUAAUCUGCGAGUAGACUAUCCUACGAACGUAUUUAGGUUCGAAAGGGAGUAUGGACUUGAGGGGGGGAGGGGCAAAGUAAGAGUUUUCUAUAUAGGUAAAUAAAAACAACACAGUGAGCUGCACUUGACCAAAAAAUUUCCACCGUGUACUAAAACUAUGAUAGAUAUUUAAUUGACGGAUCCGUGAACUUUCUUCCCCAUAGAUCUAAAUCCAGGCAAUUAUAUGUAUUUGUACAUGUAUGUAUGUAUCUGUUCUCCGGUGAUUCCGACUUCUCUAAUAUCGCAUAACUUCUAAAAACCGUUCGACUUUGGAAGUCAAUAAUUAUUGCCGUUCUUAAUUGCAACGCUUAAGCGUGAGCGAUGCAUCAUAUCUUGGGCCCUCUUAACCAGUAUUUAUUAGAUAGUCAUGUAGAUAGAGAAUCCGGCAGCAGAAAAGUUAAUUUAUAUACGAUAAUAAUUUAUGUAAUCGACGAGGAUCAAUGUUACACGAUCGACCAUUCUAUUCCAUUUUUCUUUUUUAACGAAACACGUUUGUUGUAUUUUUAUCAUAACUAGGAUGACUCUAAUAGCUACGUGCUCGAUACUCAUUCCCGACAAGCGAUCAACUUCCACUUUACAGUAUCUUGAUUAAUUGCACGUCGAUUUCCGAGAGUUUAUAAUUAGGAACAGUUAUAGACCGAGAGUAUAAUGCAUGAUUAUGUGAUUUUAGUCAAAUACUCAAUAGAGAUCAUAGAUCAUCGAACUAUUCCACAUAGCACAAAAAUAUUACUCCAACAUUAAAAUUAAGAAGUUUUUAAUUAUGUUGCUAAAGAUGGCAUGAUGCUAUUAAAACUUUAAAAUGAUACUUCCCAGGACUUUUAAUAAAUCUUAAACCCGAAUGUUAAUACAAGGUUAUACAAGGUUUUUUCGCUUAAUUUAAGGUUGACUUGUGGUUAAAUUAGUGUCUCUCUUUUUUUAUCUUUAUCUCAAAGUAUAACCACACGGAGAGAAUAUUGUAGUAAAAAUGACAAUAUAAUUUUAGUAUUCAAUAAAUUGAUACUAUGAUGAAAAUUAUAAUAAGACAUAAUAAAGGUGACC